GCCAGCGCAAGGCCCCGGCGGCGGCGCGGCCCGGCCCGGCCCGGCCCUCCCUCAGGGGCUUGCCUAGAUUAGGGAUCCUCGCAGCCACGUUGGAUUACAGUUGAUCCUGUCUACACCAGGCAUCGCAAACAGCUUAGCUCAGCUGCAUGAAAUAUGGGAGACGACAGGCCGUUUGUGUGCAAUGCCCCUGGCUGUGGACAGAGGUUUACAAACGAGGACCACCUGGCGGUUCAUAAACACAAGCAUGAGAUGACAUUGAAAUUCGGCCCUGCUCGAACUGACUCAGUCAUCAUAGCAGAUCAGACUCCGACCCCAACUCGGUUCUUGAAAAACUGCGAAGAAGUGGGACUCUUCAAUGAACUGGCCAGCUCCUUUGAGCACGAGUUCAAGAAAGCCGCGGAGGAUGACGAGAAAAAGAAUGCCGGAGCCCUGGACAUGUCACUGCCCUCCACCCCGGACAUCAAGAUAAAGGAGGAAGAGCCAGUGGAGGUGGACUCUUCCCCGCCAGACAGCCCUGCGUCUAACCCGCGGUCGCCACCGAACAAGGAGAAGGAGAUCACCUCCAAGCCUGUAAUCAUUUCUACGCCUACUCCAACCAUCGUGCGUCCAGGCUCGCUGCCUCUACACUUGGGUUACGACCCGCUCCACCCUACGCUGCCUUCUCCGACCUCCGUCAUUACCCAGGCUCCCCCUUCCAACAGACAGCUUGGGUCUCCCACAGGUUCCCUUCCACUUGUCGUGCAGCUUGCAAACGGACAGACCAUGCCCGUCCUCCCAGGCCCUCCCGUACAGAUGCCUUCUGUUAUAUCGCUGGCUCGGCCGAUGUCCAUGGUGCCGAACAUUCCCGGUAUUCCUGGACCACCCAUCAACAGCAGCGGGUCCAUUUCGCCCUCAGGACUUCCAGUACACUCAGAAGCCAAAAUGAGGCUGAAGGCCAGCUUGACGGCAUCUUCCUCACUGAAUGGCAGCAAUCUGGUGGUGGGCUCAGCCAGCACGAUGGUGACCGCACGUCCGGAGCAGAGUCAGAUCCUUGUCCAGCAUCCUGAUGCCCCUUCCCCAGCUCAGCCACAGGUUUCCCCUGCCCAGCCCACCCCCAGCACCGGCGGGCGACGGAGACGCACGGUUGACGAAGACCCUGACGAACGCCGGCAACGGUUCCUGGAACGGAACCGGGCUGCUGCGUCCCGCUGCCGUCAGAAACGCAAGCUCUGGGUGUCUUCCUUGGAGAAGAAAGCCGAGGAGCUCACGACCCAGAACAUCCAGCUGAGCAAUGAAGUUACGCUACUGAGGAACGAAGUUGCUCAACUUAAACAGCUCCUGCUGGCUCACAAGGACUGCCCCGUAACUGCACUACAGAAGAAAACACAGGGCUAUCUCGAAAGCCCAAAGGAGAGCUCUGAGCCCACCGGCUCCCCUGCUCCCGUCAUCCAGCACAGCUCCGUGACGGCCUCUCCCAACGGGCUCAGCGUCCGCUCGGCGGCAGAAGCGGUCGCCACUUCGGUGCUCACUCAGAUGGCGAGCCAAAGGACAGAACUGAGCAUGCCGAUCCCCUCACACGUCAUCAUGGCUCCACAGUCGCAGUCUGCUGGCAGAUGAUGUCACAGCCUGUGCGUGUGACACGGAGCUAACCAUGAACUUGCAGCCAGAGAGACUGACCGUAACUAAGUCCCUGAUGAGUGGGGGCCGAUAAGGAUUUUUAUUUCUUUUUGUUGUUUUUUUUUUUUUUCCAAGUGAGUUAAGGGCAGCUAUGGCGCUUCUUACACUGCGUAGCCUGUACAGAUCCUGGCCCCCGACCGCUGCCCUGCCAUCGCCCGUCCCCGCGGGACGGCCGCAGCUUGAGCGCUUUUCUCCACCCUUCAGUUGACGAUCCGUCAACUCGCAGAGUCCUCUGAACACGCAGAGCCUGGCUUUGAAAAGCACCUUGAAAGGUUCGCUGUCAGGUAUCGGUUACGUUAACACUAAACCUUGGUGGAUCCCCUUGGCGCUUUCUCUCUUCCAGUUCCCCCCCCCACCCUCCCUCCUCCUCUGCUCUCAGCGAAGGAAAACAUAGCUCUUGGGAGGCUGUGACAUUUAGUCGUGCUGUCAAUGUAUUUUAUUUUUAACAGCGUGCUGCUUCCAGGCAUCUGCUCCCCCCUCUGCUCCAGCUACCUGAAACAUUGCACCUUCGCACCAGAAGCCUCCUUGAGCUCUGAGGUUAAAGGGGUCGAGGGUUACUCUCGUCUCACGGUAACUCCCAGCGAAGGAUUUUGGACACGAUGGGGGUGUAAUCGCUGUAAAUCGGUUUGUGCCCAACGAUUGGGAGACGGGGACGUGGGGCCGGGGACACACACACACGUGUUCCUGGUGACUUCUGCCGCGCCGGGAGCUGCGGACGUUCACGUCCUGCUCUUGUGACGGGAUGCUGCGGCUGCUGGAGGAGAGGUACCGUCUGUUCUGGCAGCGGAGCGGCUGCUCGCAGUCUUCCGUACAGUAAAUCGGUGCUGAGGUGCGUCGGCUGGGACCGGUGCAAAGGCGCUCUGGGAGGUACGUGAACGGAUGAGCCGGCCCAGGGGGCGAUAAGGAUGUGAGAAUUCAUCCUCUGCUCCCAGCUCCACUGUACACCUUGGCGAACAAAUCCCUCCCAUUUCCAAGGAUCAUCUCCUUUACGCAUAACCUCGAUGACCUUAAUAAUGGUGGCCUUAAAUCAUGAAUUAGUUGCCUGUUCCGAGGGGAGGGCACACGAAGUAGUGUUUUUAUUUGCCCAGUCUUUUACCUCUUCUUCAUGAUCAUCUUCUGCUCUCGGUGACGGAGCAUCUGUUGCUUCUGAAUCGGAGCAAACGAAGGAUUCACAGAGCUUCCACUUUCAUAGGGCAGGUUUAAAAACCCAACCCUCGAUGUUGAAAGGCGUUUGGAAUCGGGUCCGCUUUCUUGCCGGACGGCCGUAGCGUGCGUGUGUGUCUGUGUGUGCUUCCCGCGGCUGCCGCUGGCCCUGGGCAAGCGAUCGGGGUUGAUAGUUUGGAGAUUGGGGGGGGGAGGGUGUGCUGUGUGCGUUCGGGCUCUUGGAAUCAACCUCGUCAAAAUCCGUGGAGCUGCAUCAGCCCUUGGUCUUCCUCUCCUUCUCGGGAGGUCCCUCCUCGGCCGAGCUCUCGCCCACCUCAGGUUGCACUCGCCACUUUUGAGCCAAGUUUGUUUGUUCAAAGUGAUUUCGUUUGGCUCAUCCAGACUUGGAAGGUUUCCAGGGACAGCAAAACCCAAAGCAAAGUCUGAGCAAGGAACCGGAUCCCGCUCUGGACGGGGACGUUCAGCAGUUUGGUUUUUCUCUUGAGGAGAUCUGUCUUCUUCCCUCCCCUCUUUUUCAGGUCUUCCUCGAUUUCCCGGUAGUAUCGACCGCGGCGUUUCCUGGGUUUGGUUUGUCUCGGCCUCUCUCGUGCUCCUCUGGUUCCUCUUGCUCAUCUCGAGGGUCGUCUUGUGCGUAAUCGGGGUCAGUUCUGGCCUUGGCAGUUUGCACUUGGUUCAGCUCCUGCGUAGCCCCCCCCGGACCCGCCUUUUGUUUCUGUAAAACUGUUUCUGCAGAGUCUGCGUGUAGACAGACGUUCCGGCUCUUACUAUCCCGACGCGGUAUGUUGUUUCUGCAGUGAGAGCGAGCUGCGAGAUGAGGACACGGGGCGGGGGGGGGGUUCGGCAUGGCUUAAAGCCGUGCGACCUGGACUAAAAAGGGUUUCAGCCAGGUGAGGCACAGCGGGGGAUCAGGACCAUUUUUUGGGGGACCCAGCAUCUAAGGCAGAGGGUUUGCAGGAGGUUCAAGAUCCAGCCCGGCUCUGCUUUCUCUCCAUCCUGCUGCUGGAUGCAGGUUGGAGAGCUGAGAGGGAAUGACGGAAAACCCCGUGUGGUCCAAAAAGGGGUAAAAAACCGACCCGUCUUGCAGCAACGGGUUUGCUUUGGUCUUCGGAUCUGCUCAGUUUGCUUCAGGGGGCUUUGAAACAAGUGUCUGUCUUUCUUUCUUUGUCUGGGAAUAGCAGGAAUGACAAAAAUGUGUUGUAAAACAUACUUGCUUCGUCAGCCGUCGGGUUCCUGUCCCUUGGUGCGUAGUGCUGGGAGCCAGGAGCGAGCGGUUGCAUCCGGCAGCGCCGACAGUAGCUCACCAGCUCCUCCUAGGCUCACCGAGCGUUCGGCUCUGCACAAAAACCUCGUCUGUCGAGGAAAAGUGUUCACUGAAAGAAAAGAGAACGGAGAACUGGAGCUCCGGGCUGAUCCCGCCACCGGUGCCUCGUUUGCGCCGGGGUGGACGAGGCAGAGGAGCAGCCGGUGGCUCUGCUGGCAGGGUUGGAAGGACGGAGCGAAGGGUGACAGCGGAGAGGCGGCAGAUCCGGGACAGACGCAGGCGGCAGCGAAUGCAGCAGCUUCCCUUCCCCCUUGGUUUUCCCCUUAGGGACUCGAAGUGACCCGAUCCCGUGCGAUGCGAGAGCCGGGAUCACCCAGCCUGCCCGCGACUUCCCUGUGUCCCACAAAGGCCUUUCCCUGCCCUCGCCGCUCUCACCCUUGCACCGUGGGGCAUCGCGAGGUAGCUCAGGCCUUGCCGGUGAUGACGGGGGGAUGCAGAGAGCGGGUUUUCUCCCCAUCCCUCCGUGCUCCAGCCUCUCCCCAUCUCAACUCCCCUCUGCCUCCGAGUGCUUAGUGCCUUGAAAAAAAAAUAAAAAAAUCUCCUGCAAACCCAUGAAAACACAGUUGUAAAGCUCCAAACCUGGGCAGGAAUAAUCAGGGAACAAGUGUUGGACCAUACCAUACCAUUUUUUGUUCGUUUUUUUUUUUUUUUUUUAAUUGACAGGGUUGCAGCUUUCCCGCGUCCCCUUUGGGUGUGUUUUACCCCAACAGUGUUUGAAACCUCCAGGUCCCGGAGCAGGUUUCGGGUCUCCAUUUCCCUUUUUGGGCUCAUGAAGAUGCCCGGCAGAGCUGAUGCUGAACCGGUCUUAAACCUCGCAAGGAGCUGAAUGUCACGAGGUCGAGGCGGCCGUCACUUUUCCAGCGGGAGGGACAGUUGUGCUUUUUUAAGAGGUGACUCUUGCCAGGCUUUUUGGAGAGGAGGGUACGUAGAGAACACAUUUUCCACCAGUGCUUUUUCCAGCAUCUCCACGUCGAUGGAGUGGCCCCGUGGAGAUACAUUGGGCUGCCCGGUUGCUGAAAAUCCAGGGUCGGUGUGGAGCCUUGGUGCUCCGAGGUGGAAAUCCCCGCCGGGAGCUGAACAGCCGCUGGGUUUCUGCCCCGCAUCGUCUCUCCUUUCCCCAUCGCUUCUCUUGGAGGUGGUUUCUUCUCCAGGCCAGCGUGGCGGUCGCUGCAGAGGACGUGCUUUGGUUUUUGUGGGAGUUAGGGAUCGGUUUUGGUCGGGAAGAAGGAUUUUGCGGUAGGUUGGUGAUGCAGGGUCCCCCCAGACCCGUGAGGACGGGCGAGGGGGAUGGUGGCUUUUUCUCCUCCUCCUUCCUUCCCUUCAACUCUUGCUUGAAGACUUUGCGGAUGUCUUUGGGUUGGUUAAAAAAAAAAAAAAAAAACAACCAACCAAACCCAGAUUUCUGCUCUAGGAUGAUUUCUUCUGCUUUUCAGAGGGUCCCGGGGGAUGGCAGCCGCCCGGCUGGCUCUGCUCAGCACCUUGCUGAGCAUCUGCACUUUCCUCUGCCAGCCCUCGGGCCUCGGCUGCGGUGCCUUAACCAAAACCCCAGUUAGUGCCGGUGUCGGUCCUGCGGCUUCCUGCACGUCUUCCCCCAAAGCCCGUCGCUGCGGUAGCGGUUUUUGGGAUCUCCAUCCCUCCUCUGUGGCCUAAUUGUUGGGGGGGGGGGGAAGGUGAUGCUGGGGCUCCUCGUGGGAGCGUGGAAAAGCCCCGCAGGGUUUCGAGGUCGCGUUUAGGUUGUGAAGGAGUCGGGGAGAGUCCGGACGGCGACAUUGGCUGUGGGGAGUCGGGGUUUUUAUCGAGCCAUCGUCAUUCUGAUGUCAAAUAGAAACAAGUGGCUGAAAAAUGCAGCCCGGGGCAGCCGCUCCCCCGCCCAGGGGUGAUGCUGAACCCCAGGAGGGGUCUCCCUCCUCUCCCUCCUUUCCCUCAGGCAGAGAUGAAGAUCUCCUCGGGAUUGGGGGGGGUUUGGUGCCGCCUUUUCCCCCCAGACUGGCUCCUCGGUUCCGGAUUUCAGUGACUCAGCCGGGAAAUGUGUCAUUUUUUGGCCUUGCAGACCCGUUUCUGUGUGGGUCCCGCCCCCCCCCGUUUCGGGCACACGCAGGCUCCGGCAGCGGUGAUGCUCUCUGGCCCCAAAACGAGCCCAGGAAGUGAUGGAGGGACCCGCCGGUCCCUGGGGACACGGGAGGAAGGUCCUGGGCAUGCCCCUGCCCCCCCCCCCCCCCCAGCUGCUUUGUACGGCAAGCUUUGACGAUCAAUAACAGAAGAAACCAAGAAAAAGGAACCACCCCCCCACUCCCCCGAAAAGCGUAACCAUGAGGGUGUAGUAUCUAUAAAAAAAAAAAAAAAUUACGUAUCUAUGAGUAUAUACAGACCUAUAUAGACAUAUAUCAACUUCUGAAUGGAUGCGCAGCUCCUUACGCACCAAAAUGGUUUUCUAGCUGUAACCCCUUCCUGCGGCCCCCCCGGGCCCCGAGGGACACCCCCCCCCCCCCCCAGCUCCGCACGGGCUCCUGCGAGCGGGUCCUCACAGCCCCCGCGGGGGCCCGGGGACACGGGGGGAUGCGGCGGGGAUCGGGGGGUGGGGGGGGGGGAACACACGUCCCGGCUCCCCCCACCACCUCGGCUGCGUCGUACCAAACAUGUAAUGUGCCUUUUAUUUAUGCUGCAAAUAUACCAUUAAACUAUUACCCAGGA